AAAAAGGAGAAAAGAAAAAUAAAUUCGGCCGUUGAGAAUUUGAAUGAAAAGGGCCCAAAGCAUACGGCCAUGAUUCCAACGUGGACAAAUCCGGGCCAUCAAAUCCAAAACAUGUUCGAUCUUUAACCAUAGGGUUUGAAACUCCAUCAGUCCGCCCCUUUAUGUUUGAAUAGCUCUCCAGACCGUUUCACUCUCUCUCUCGCUUCAAUUUUCUCCCCCUCAUCUCUUCUCCUUCUUCUAUAAUCCUUAGCAGUGCAUUUACAGAUCUUUAUCUUUAAUCUCUCUCCAUAUCUUCGCUUCGAUCUGCAAAUGCGCGCCGUCUCGACUUCCUCUCUCAUCCGGCUAUCUUUUCCUUGGUUUUCGAAGCUCAGUUCGUUUGUUCUGUUGUUUCGUGGGGAGGAACUUUCUAGUUAGGUUGAUUUAUAAUGAUUUGGAGAGCAUAUUGCGGAAAGAAGCGUUGUCAAGUUGGAAUUGGGGUAUGUAGUUUUAUUCAUCUACAAAGGAACUAUGGAAGGUGACCGAACAAUUUCCACUCCUUCAGCUGGGCUCAGCAUCCGCGAUGGUGCUCAGAGAAUGCGAGCUCUUCAUGGGAGGACUACUGGUCCCACAAGACGAUCUACGAAAGGACAAUGGACAGCUGAAGAGGAUGAGAUUCUGUGCAAAGCUGUUCAACGUUUCAAAGGAAAAAAUUGGAAAAAGAUAGCGGAGUAUUUCAAAGAUCGAACUGAUGUACAAUGCUUGCAUAGGUGGCAAAAGGUCUUGAAUCCGGAACUUGUUAAAGGGCCAUGGUCAAAAGAGGAGGAUGAGCUAAUAAUUGAGUUGGUGAAGAAAUUUGGGCCGAAAAAGUGGUCAACCAUUGCUCAGCACUUACCUGGCCGUAUUGGAAAGCAAUGCAGAGAAAGGUGGCAUAAUCAUCUCAAUCCUGCGAUAAACAAAGAGGCCUGGACUCAGGAAGAAGAGCUGGCUCUGAUUCGUGCUCAUCAGAUUUUUGGGAACAGAUGGGCAGAGCUCACAAAGUUCUUGCCAGGAAGGACAGACAAUGCAAUAAAAAAUCACUGGAACAGUUCGGUGAAAAAGAAAUUGGACUCUUACAUAGCAUCAGGCCUUCUAGAAAAAUUUCAGUUCCCACUUAUUGCAAACCAAUGCCAGCCUAUGCCUUCAUCUUCUUCGAGGAUGCAGAGCAAUUUGGAUAAUAGUGGUGCCAAAUGUAGGACAGAAGCAGAGGAUAUAUCAGAAUGCAGCCAAGAAUCGACGAUGAUUGGCUGCUCUCAGUCUGCAAGUGAUUUGGCUAAUGCUUCUGUUCAUACAAGAGAGAAAUUCCACUUGACUGAAAUGCCUGGUGCAGCAAAGGAGAAGAAUUCCAGUCCAGCACCCUGUUCGGAGGAGUAUUACCCACCUUUGGAAGAUGUCAACUUUUGCAUUCCAGAAAUACCUUGUGAAGCAGGGUACUCUGCGAGUGGGGAUUACCAGUUUGGUUUACCUGAUGUUUCUUCUCUGGAAAUGGGGCAGGAAUCAUCAGGGUUACCAACUAACCAUACAGACACUAGAGAAACCCAUGAAAUGAUGAAUGCUGCAUUUCAAACUUCUGUAGGGUUAAAUGCUCCUACAUCUUUCCUUAAUAUGACUACAACUUGUGAAAAACCAGAGCAUAUGUUUAUAACUGAUGAUGAAUGUUGUAGGGUCCUAUUCUCUGAGGCAAUGAAUGAUGGAUGCUUUGCCUCUGAAAAUUUUACACAAGGAUCUAAUAUGGUUGAAUUGGGUGGUUGCAAAAAUACAUCUCUUUGUCAGGCUUCAGAUGUCCAAAUAUCUGAAACUGGAAGAACUCCAGCCACACAAUCUAAUUAUCAUUCAAGGUCUGAAUUAUUGCCAACCUCAUGCUGUCAAUCUUUUGGGUUUCCGUCACUUCUUUCAGUUAAGGAUGGUACACUUAUGUAUGACAGAGAGUCCAGUCAGUUAAAUGGUCAACCUUUUGGAACUCAAGAGCAAGAAUUUACUAUGAAUGCACUUGAUGUCUUUAUCUAUACUAAUGAUGAUCAUACAGGCCUGCAAGAGCAAUCAUACCUUGCCAAGGAUUCUCUAAAGUUGGUUCCGGUGAAUAGUUUUGGUUCAGAAUCAAAUUCAAUGCAAGCUUGUCCUACUGUGGACGAUAAGCCAAAUUUGCCUUCAGGACAAGAUGUUGGAGGUCUAUGUUAUGAGCCUCCUCGAUUUCCAAGCUUGGAUAUUCCAUUUUUCAGCUGUGAUCUUAUACCGUCUGGCAGUGAUAUGCAGCAAGAAUAUAGUCCCCUAGGUAUUCGCCAGCUGAUGAUGUCUUCUAUGAACUGCAUCACUCCAUUUAGGUUGUGGGAUUCACCAUCUCGGGAUGAUAGUCCUGAUGCCAUGCUGAAAAGUGCUGCCAAAACUUUUACUGGUACACCAUCCAUAUUGAAGAAACGCCAUCGUGACCUAUUAUCACCUAUAUCAGAAAGAAGAAGUGACAAAAAGCUGGAAACUGACAUGACAGCCAGUUUGACCAAAGAUUUCUCUCGUUUGGAUGUUAUGUUUGAUGAGAGUGGGACUGGCAACAUAUCUCAGGUGUCUUCAUCUGAACAUAGAACCAUUUCUGGUGCCUCUUUUGAAGAAAAAGAAAACCUGUGUCAAGCAUUUGACGGGAAACAAGACAAUGGGGGAGAUCACACUGAACCAUUAGAUGAUGAAGCUCAGAAGAAAGAUUCUAAUGGAAAUAAUUCCCAAGGAGACAUAAAAAAAGAAGCCUGCAAUAUUGAUACCAAGAACAAAACUGAUGAUGAUUUUUAUGAUAAAAUUGUCCAACGGCCUUCGGCUGUGCUUGUUGAGCAUAACAUAAAUAAUAUACUAUUGUUUUCUCCUGAUCAAGUUGGUAUUAAAGCAGACAGACCAUUAUUGGCUUCAAGCAUGCGAACUCCCAGAAAUCAGUAUCAUAAAAGCUUUGGAGCUAUAUCAAAUCAGGGUUUUGCUUCUGAAUGUUUAUCGGGAAAUGCAUGCAUGGUUGUUAGCUCUCCUACUCUGCAAAUAAAGAACUCUGAAGGUCACUCAAUUGCUGUUACUGCAGUACAAUCUACCAAUUCAUCAGCAACCCUAGAGAAUUUGGUUGAUAAUGCUGGGAUUGAUGCUGCUAUUGAAAAUUAUAAUAUAUUUGGUGAAACUCCUUUCAAAAGAAGUAUCGAAUCCCCAUCAGCAUGGAAGUCUCCAUGGUUUAUCAACUCUUUUGUUCCAGGCCCAAGGGUUGACACAGAAAUAACAAUUGAGGACAUAGGAUAUCUUAUGAGCCCUGCAGAUAGAAGUUAUGAUGCCAUCGGGUUGAUGAAGCAAUUAAGUGAGCAUACUGCAGCUGCAUAUGCUGAUGCCUUGGAGGUUUUGGGGAAUGAAACUCCGGAAUCAAUUGUAAAAGGAAGACGGUCCUCCAACAAUCCUAACUUGGACAAAGAGAAUAAUCAGUUGGAGGCAGUCCAUUCAGAUUUGGCGUCAAAUAUCAUGGCAGAGCGCCGUAUCCUUGAUUUUAGUGAAUGUGAAACACCUGGAACGGGAACUGAAAAUGGGAAGUCCUCAACAGCCGUGAGAUUCUCUAGCCCCUCUUCCUAUCUUUUGAAAGGUUGCAGAUAAUGUUUGCUUCUGCCUAAAAUGCCUCCCAUGUCACUACUGUAUUUGUAUUUUACAUCAUAUAUACAUAUAUAUAUAUAUAUGUACGCCAUCUUUUGUUUUUCUUUUCAAAAUUCUUCAAUUUGUUGUCGAAAGAGAAUGGAUCUAAUUAAUUAAUUGAUAAAAGAUUGUU